UCGGGACCGCAAACACAGACGGACCAUAAACAACACACGUGCAAGACGCUGACUUAAACCAGCAGACAUGCCGAAAGCAUUGAAAGGGAAGAGCGCGGUGGAGAAGAAAGUGAUUCAUCCUUAUAGCAGAAAAGCUGCGUGUCUGGCCAGAUCAGCUCACAGACAGGACAGAAAAGAGAGGUUGAAAAAUGAAAAGGCCCAGCGUUUAAACUUAAUUCGGGAAAAACUUUCGUGGUUCCAAAGUCAGUUGGACUCAGGAAAGGUCGAAUAUUCCAAACAAGACGCUUGUGAAAUCAUCGAGAGGUAUCUGCACCGAUUUGAUGGCGAGUUAGAGCAAAUCGAGUUGGCCAACAGCAUCAAAGGGCGUCAGGGUCGACUGCACUUCUCCAGAGAGACCGUCAUUAAGCAGACGAUGGAAAGAGAGCGAGCCCAGUACGAGGGGAACGGCUUCGAGAUCCCGGAUAUAAUCAACAGCAAACAUUUGAAGACGUUCAGAGAGUGGAACGGUGACCUGAAGAAACUGCCUAAUAUCAAGAUGCGCAAGGUUUCGGCGAAAGGCCCGGAGAAGAAAAACACUGCAGUAAAAGAAACACACACUGAAGAAGAGGAGGAUGAGGAAGAUGAAGCUGAGGAGGAGGAUGUGUCUCAGGACUCUGAUGUAGAGCUUUUGGAAGAUGAAGCAUGACGCCAAACAGCUCUGGACUAAACUCGUGAUCGUUUUGUUCGGUGUGGAUGACUGAUAAAGAGUGUGUGUUCGAGUGCAAAGUGAUGGAAGUUCAUUCGUGUCAGGAUUUUCUGUGUGUAUGUAUGUGUAUAGAAUAUGGUUGGGGUUCUGUGACACUGCCACAUCCAUUUUAAAAUAAAAACAAAUCCCUAUUUAAAUCUC